GCUUAAGUAAUUGCUUAUCUUGCGGCGAAACUCGAAAACAAUAGACGGAACAAAGAAAGUGCCAAACCAUCUCCCUCACAUUAGAAUUAGAUACAUCGCGGUUUUCCCCUUCCUGCCAAUUUUUCAUUCUCGAAACAAUCGAACCGCCAAUAGAUCUCCUCUGAUAUCCAGCAGCAAUAUUUGCAGUCAAAAAUUUCACUUUCAAAGAGAUACAUAAGUACAACUUCCAUCCAUUGACAUGGCCAGUCAACCCUGGUAGAUUAAAAAUUUUCUUUACACUCACAAUAUUACUACUUCAAUAGGCGGCAAACAUACAUUUUAGGUUGUUCAAUUAUGGGUACUGUUUUAUGGAAUAGUCUUCUUUCUCUUGUUCUUCUUCUUCUAGUUCUGCUUCUGUUUUGUAGCUCAAGAGCAGAUGAGGUAGUUACUGUAGAUGUUCAUGCAGCUCGUCAUCUCCUCCGCUCCGGCCACCGCUAUCUUGAUGUUAGGACAGAAGAAGAAUUCAAGAAAGGGCAUGUAGAGAACUCUUUAAAUAUUCCCUAUAUGUUUAAUACUCCCCAAGGUAGGGUGAAGAAUCAAAAAUUUAUGGAGCAAGUAUCUGCCGCUUGUGGCAAGGAAGAAAAGCUAGUUGUGGGAUGUCAAAGUGGUGUGAGGUCGCUGUACGCAACUACUGAUCUUACUGCUGAAUUCAAGCAUGUAAGCAACAUGGGAGGGGGAUAUGAGGCUUGGUUGGAGAGUGGGUUUGCUGUAAACAAACCACAAGAUGAGCUUUGAAUCAGUCGGACUUCUCUUGUUGCAGCAGUACCAGUACGUGCUAGCUAUCAAGAGAAGAAGUGUAAAUAAUCACUUUCUUAACCACGAAAGAAUAAGUAUUUCAUUGAAAUCGCAAGUAUAUUCUCUCUCUUUGACGCUCAGUGUAAAACAAAAGUAUUGCAAUAAAGUCUGUGAUUUUGACA